AGCAGAGGUGGAGAAGAAAUGGUGGUGGUGGGUGGCGAGUGUUUUUAUUCUAUUUGGAAUUAUUACCCUAGUGGGUUUUCUUGUGGGCUUAGUCACCGCAAAGCAUAGAACAAGAUUGGCAGAGAGAGAGACAGAGUGAGAGAGAGAGGUUUUCGUGGAGAGUUUCAAGAGAGGAGACAUGCCUAAGUUCUUCCCAACAGCUCAAUUCGUUGCUUCUACUUGACUUACCAGAUCCCAAAGAAAUACACGUGGCUUUACUAAUGUUAUUGGCUGCUUCAUUCAUCCUCCACUACUGGAAAUUUGCAUACGUGCCCAUUUCCUUAAGCUUGAUUUGACAGCUAAUCAGUAAUAUCAAAAGCUAGCAAAAAGAAUCAGUGCUUUGUUAAGGAUUUUCAUCAAAUUCGUGACACAUAGAUAAACUAGAUGGCUGUACGAAUUCAGAACUUGCCCAAGAAAAAUUUUGGUCAAGCCCCCUUUACUUUUAGUAGCCCAUCCUGGUGGCAUUCAAAUGAACAGCAAAUUUCGCAGUCUUUAUCCAAGAAUAUAGGCUUAAAAGUGGAAUCUCCAUCCCAACUUUAUCACAAAGCAAAGCAUUUUGGUUUUCAGCUCCUGGACCAAGAAUCAUCUUCAACUCAAUCAAUUGGUCAAUCUCACAAUGAAGUGGGCACUGUGGGGGAGACCAAUUCACAAGAUCAAUGCAUUUCAUCUGAAUCUGGUCAAGAUGAAGGUUGUGGGAAUGGUGCAGAAGGCAGGAUGAAGCCAGUUUUCUUGUUUAGUACUCCAGAACUUGCACUUAAUACUUCACAGACUGAAGAUAGUCACUCAAUGGCUCGAGCUCCAUUUCCCAAUGCUGAUAAUUACUUCGGUGGACUAUUUACUCCAUAUGGACCACAGGCCAUUCCUCAGCUGGGUUCGCAGAUGGUGGGGAUGACAACAGCACGAGUUCCCCUGCCUCUUGAUCUUGCGGAUGAUGGGCCCAUUUAUGUUAAUGCAAAACAGUACCAUGGAAUUCUCAGGAGGAGAAAAUCACGUGCAAAGCUAGAGGCUCAGAACAAGCUUGUCAAAAGUCGAAAGCCAUAUCUUCAUGAGUCUCGGCAUCUGCAUGCAUUAAAUCGGGUUAGGGGUUCCGGUGGACGCUUUCUCAGCACAAAAAGGCUCCAACAGUCUAAUCCAACUUCCACCGGUAACGUGCAUGUCAUCCCAGAUACCAUCCAGUUGCAUCAAAGGAAUGAGACAUCAGAACUUGAAAGUUAUCGUUCAAGAAUUGGCCAAUCUGGCACUUCAAGCACCUGCUCUGGUAUCACCAAUGUCUCUAGUGGUGCCGCCAUUUUUAGGCAGGCAGAUCACAGGUUCUCAAGCCUGGCUACCCACAUGGGAGGAAGCAUGCAAACCAGUGGGGGUCUUGUGUGCAGUGGGACCUAGCAUUGUGCUUCCAGUUGUCCGGAUACCAUGGUACCGGGCGGGCAAUUCAUCCUUGGCUUUGUAUAUCACUUGCUAUGUUAUUACCUUUUGUUACAAAAGGUGCAUCAAUGACUGAAUUUGUGGUGUUUGCUUUCUACAAGUAUUGUGUUUGUUUUAACGUUACUGAAGAGGGUUGCUUUUUGGAUCUCACACUGGCGGUGGUGAUCCAUCACUUAACUUGUUUACUUUUAAAUGUUAAAUGUUCCGACUAUGCAAGUGUUUGCUUGUUGACAUCAUAUGUUAAAAUAAAAAUGUGUAAAUUGCUUGAAA